CUCUCUCCCAUUUUCGUCACUUUUCCAGAAAAACAAACAAACAAACCCUUAUUGCGGCGGUGAAAGAGAUUUUCUCUUUCCGAUGUCCAAAACCUAGCUACUAUUCCCCUCCGCCGCCGUCGCCGCCGUUAUUAUGCCGACUUACACAGCAAUAGCCUUCGAGAAUCUUCUCGAACCUCGUAAAUCCUCCUACGCAAAGCAACAACAGCUAACAAACGAGAGAAAUGAAGAAGAAGAAGAAGAAAAAGUUGCACCGGCGAACCACAUAUAUAUAUCACCGGCGUUGUACAUAACACCUGAGCCAGCUCCGAUUCCAGAAACUUCUUCUGGUUCCCUCUCUCCUUCUCCUUAUGUAGUCAACCACAAGCGACGUGGCGGCGGUAGUGGAGGAGCUGCCUUUGCCAACCGGAAACUUGAUGAGCAAGUUAACAAUGAGAACACUGAUUUAGAUUUGAAUUUGAAUUUGAAAGAGGAGGAGGAGUUAUUAGCUGUUGAGGAUAAUUCAUUUGAAGAAGAAGAAGAUGAGGGAUUUUUGGAUCCGAGAUGUGAUGUGUUUAGUAUUGGAAGUGUUAAUGAGGUGAUGAAAGGGCUUGAUUGCCGUAGCAUUGUGUCUGCUCAAGGCGAAUUCUUUGAUGCCGAUGAAGAUUUCUCCUUGGAAGGAUCAUCUCUUAAUGGAUCUGCAUCUGGCGCUAAUAUUGAAUUGGAACUGCGUGCCACAAGGCUUAAACUCCUUGAGGAAAUUGAAAGGAGAAAAACUGCAGAGGAUGCUCUUAAUAUGAUGCGAUGUCAGUGGCAGAAUAUCAGUAAUGUUCUAUCUGGGUCAGGGUUAACACUUCCUUCACCUUCAGAUGUCAUUGGUGGUAUGCAGUUUGAUAAUGCUUCAAUUGAGCAGCUCUCUCAGGAAGUAAUUGUCACAAGAUUUGUUGCUGAAGCAAUAGGAAAAGGUCAAGCUCGUGCAGAAGCUGAACUAGCUGCAGAGUCAAUACUUGAAUCAAAAAACCAGGAGAUUUCAAGGCUGAGAGACAGGCUCCGAUACUACGAGGCUGUAAAUCAUGAGAUGUCCCAGAGAAAUCAGGAAAUCAUUGAUGUUGCUCGGAAGCAGCGACAGAGGAAAAGAACCCAGAGGAAGUGGCUAUGGGGUUGUAUAGGCCUCUCUGCUGCGAUUGGCGUUUCAGUGGUUGCUUAUAAUUACCUGCCACAAACAAGUAAACAUCAACCAAUUGCAAACUCCAGUGAAUCGACAGGUGCUGGCACUCACGAAACUGCCUAACAUUGGUUAAUUACCUCGGCCAACAUGCACACACUGCAGAGUGCAGGGUUUUUAAGAAGAGUUAUAUGUAGGUUAGGUCUUGCGGCAAAAACAUGGCCUCACGCUGCAGUUUUGCUCUAAUAAAAGUUGGACGAGCUAGUUAAAUCAAGAGCGUUUGCUUAGUGCCUGUGCAGAUCAGAUUUCGAGGCUGAUAGCUAUUUGCAGUUCGCUCACUUAAUAAUAGUGACCUGAGUUUGUCAGGUUUGUUGGGUCAUUUGAGAGCAUAAAUAUCUUUCAAUGUUGAUAUCUCUGUAUUGGGUACUGUUGACAGUUGGGUAGAUGAUCAGAUCAGGUCACGUUUGUAUACCUUAGGCGGUCAGUAGGAAUGUUGUACUACCUGCUUUCAAUCUGUGAUAUAACAUUUCUAUUCAGUUAUUAUUCAAAGAGAGAGAUCUCUGUAAUGUUGGUUUGGCA